AUGAAGCCUAUUGAAUUCUGCAACCAAGUAUCACAAAGUUUUAAGCAAUUAUGUGAGGCUGCUAAUGUAGAAUACACAAGUUUUGAACGUACUACCAACCCACAGCAUAUUGCUACAGUGAAUGAAUUAUGGAAUGUGUUAUUGAAAAAUGGUUAUUUAUAUAAAGGAAAGCAUGAAGGAUGGUAUGCAGUAUCAGACGAAGCCUUUUAUGCAAACAAUCAAGUACAAGAAUCUGUGGAUGAAAAAACAGGCGAGAAAAUCAUGGUUGCUAUUGAAUCUGGUCAGCGUGUUGAAUGGACUUCAGAGGAAAACUACAAAUUUAAAUUAUCAGCAUUUGGAGAACGUAUUCUGAAUUGGAUUGAACAAAACCCUACAGCCAUUGUACCCAACAAUAGAAAGAAUGAGGUGAUAUCUUGGGUGAAAGCUGGUCUUUCUGACUUGUCUGUCUCACGAUUAAGAUCACGUCUUGACUGGGGCAUUCAAGUCCCCAAUGAUCCAGAGCAUACGAUCUAUGUGUGGCUAGAUGCACUUACAAACUAUCUUACAGCAACCGGAUACCCAUGGAUACAGGACAGUACCAACAAAGAUGCUUUCCCCCCAGAUGUUCAAGUUGUAGGCAAAGAUAUUGUCCGAUUUCAUGCUAUUUACUGGCCCGCCUUUCUUAUGGCUGCAGGAUUACCAUUGCCUAAACAAAUUUUAGCUCAUGCACAUUGGACAAUGGGUAAACAAAAGAUGUCAAAAAGUAGGGGUAAUGUGGCCGAUCCUUUCCAGGUAUUAAAGGAUUAUGGUGUGGACCCUGUACGUUAUUACCUUGUACGUGAUGGUGGUCUUGCUGAUGAUGGAGAUUAUUCUGAGGAUAUGAUUCGUACGAGAUAUAAAAAGGAUCUUGCUGGCCAACUUGGCAACUUGUUGAACAGAGCCACGGCAAAAUCCUUACUUCCUAAUGGUAUUGUACCUAAAAAGAGUAGUAGUGUUGAUCCUAGAGAUGAAAUGUUGCACAAGCAAAUUAGUGAGACAGCAGGAAACUAUAAUAAGGCAUUUGAAGAGCGUGAAUUUAGCAAGGCAUAUGGCUAUAUUUUUGAUAUGGUCUCUCAAGCAAACAAACACUUUACAGAGAAUGAGCCGUGGAAUAUGGCUAAAAAUCCUGAGGAAAAAGAACGCCUGAACACAGUUUUGUUUUAUUCAUUAGAGGCUUGUCGUGUAGCUGGUAUCUUAUUGCAGCCUGUGAUGCCCACCAAGAUGUCAAGUCUAUUGACUCGUUUAGGUGUUUCAGAAGAGCAUCGCUACUUUAAAGACGCUGCUUCUCUUACUGAGUCUUUAAGACCAUUAGGAGAACUGGAUGGUGUUUUGUUUCCUCGUUUGUAG